CUCUCUUUUGUUUUUUAGAAAAUCUCAAAUCGUCUCUCUCUCUCUGCUGGUUUUACGAUCACUGUUGCCAAAAAGAGAAGGGUCUCUCGAGACAAGUGUUAGGAUUACAAACACAACACCAGCUUCCUCCUUGCGACACGACCCUCCGUCAUGUCUGCGCCAGCUAUAUCUUCUCCACGCCACGUUUCAUCACUAUGUUCCACUAUAUAUACACACCUACCCAUUACAUCAUGUCUUUGCCUUAUCACUCACAAAAAAUCUUUAUAUAACAUCACUUUCGAGCUGUCAACAUCCGUACAUGUCAUCCAUAGAGCCAAAGGUGAUGAUGGUUGGUGCUAACAAGAAACAACGAACUGUCCAAGCAAGUUCGAGGAAAGGCUGUAUGAGAGGAAAAGGUGGACCCGAUAACGCGUCUUGCACCUACAAAGGAGUUAGACAACGCACUUGGGGAAAAUGGGUCGCUGAGAUCCGUGAGCCUAACCGAGGAGCUCGUCUUUGGCUCGGUACCUUUGACACCUCCCGCGAAGCUGCCUUGGCUUAUGACUCCGCAGCUCGUAAGCUUUAUGGUCCCGAGGCUCACCUUAACCUCCCAGAGUCCUUAAGAAGUUACCCUGAUACACCGUCGUCUCAGACAUCCCAGACGACACCAAGCAGCAACACGGGUGGAAAAAGCAGCGACUCCGAGUCGCCAUGUUCAUCUAACGAGUUGUCAUCAUGUAGGAGAGUGACAGAGGAGGUAUCAUGGGAGCAUAUAAACGUGGAUUUACCGGUAAUGGAUGAUUCUUCUAUAUGGGAAGAAGCUACAAUGUCGUUAGGGUUUCCAUGGGUUAAUGAAGGAGAUAAUGAUAUUUCUCCGUUUGAUACUUGUAUUUCCGGUGGCUAUUCUAAUUGGGAUUCCUUUCAUUCCCCACUUUGAGGUGUCACUAAAAUCUCCUUAAUUAUUAAGACUAUCAUAUACAAAAUUACAUAUACAAAUAUAUCGUCACCGUGAUGUAAAUAUACACCAGCUCCAUAUAUGUUCACAUCUAUAUAUAUAUGUCGUUUGUCUGUAGUAUAAAAGUAGAUUCUUACUACAUCAUAAAACAUAAAAAAUAAAAAAUGACAGUUGUGUGUCUCAAAGCUAAAUAUGUGUCAUGGGGAAAACUUGAAGUGCAAUGUAUCUGUGUAAAGAAAACGUGAUGUUACGUUGUGUGUAAAUGUAACGGUCAAUGUGUAGACUACAUAUGUCUCUAUUUUCGCUUUCA